CUAUCAUAAAUUACACCGUCUACUUACGUAGAAGUAGAAGACACCGGCUUUUGAACAACUCCCAUUUGAACAAUUCAAUGCCGUCACGUUUGGGGAUUACCUUUCGGAAAGAAUACAUUUUUUCUUCAGUAGAUUGCGACGCUUUGGGAUCAUCGCCGCGAAAUUUGGUAAUCUCGAAAUUAUUUUAAGAUAGCGGAGUUCAAUGUCUCGACAUUCAAAAUGAAUCGAGCCCGUUAAUCUAUUGGGAAUAUUCAUUAACGCUGUAGGUGAUUGGUAUGCGAAAAGUGUGCGAUGCUUAUGGAUAAGUGUGGAUCUUAUAGUUGUGCACGUUGGAGUUUUGUAGCUAAUUGAGUUUGGUGUCAGUGGGAAGUAAAAUUCAAGUUCCUGUGUGCCGUUGUUCGGUGUUGGAGGCUUGUGAAUGAAAAAGAAUUUCGAUGCUGCUUAUAAACUCAACAUGCAGAGGUGUCCUUACAUCCACGAGAUGAAGGAGCGCCUUCUUGGCGAGCAAAUAUCCUUAGAACCCCCUCCCAAAAUAGUUCCGGCUCAAUCCAACAACAAGAUGGAAUCAUCCCCUACGCCAACACAGCAACAACCUGUAGCCACCAUAGUUAGAUUAAACGCUGAUGGAUAUGGUUCUCCAACACAUCACGUGGCAGAUAGAACACCCCUCAUGCCUCGGGAUAUUGUGGAGGACUUGUCCUGCCCUGACGAAUCCCAUUAUCCAAAAAAUGCCAAAACCUCGUUGUUCAUAAUCAUGAGUUUCGUGUAUGCGAAACUCCUGAUCGUCGUCUGUAUCGCAUACGUCAUUUCCGAUGUAGUAACGCACAACAUACCCCUAUAUUACUACGAGGGAUUCUUCACCUACCUCUAUGGCAUGAGCAUAUUGUUUCUCCUUUAUGUCUUCUGCUUUCUCCUUCAAGAGAGCACUUGCUGCUCGGGUACAGAAAAAAAUGAACCACCGAAAAAACUGACCAAAGACAAAACUAAAGAAAAGGAAAAGGAGAAGAAGAAAGAAGAGGAAAAGAAGAAAAAGGAGGAGAAGGAGAAGAAGGAGAAAGAGAAGAAGGAAAAGGCUAAAGAGAAGGACAAGGAUAAGAAACCUAAGAAGCAGGAGAAGAUGGAGAUAUACCCACGCAAGAAGCGUGAUCUGGUUCAUCAGAAAAGUAUCUCUAGUUUCUGCGAGGGCACUUAUCGACGCAACUCAGAAGGGGUAGUGGACUCAGGUCUGCCAGUCCCUGUGACCGAACUGAGUGUACAAAAUGACGUGCCUGUUGUCUCUCAGGAACAGACAGCACCUGUGUCUCAACCCCCCGUUCCUCCACCACAACCACAACUUCCAACAGCACCCUUAGCAGUAACUCCUGUUCCACCAGCUUCUGUUGACCUAGAGCUGGGUACAGUUGCGAAGUGUAAACGGAAAAGGAAAACUACGCAGAACGACCAUAGUCAUGGUAGUUUCUUCUUGAGGAUUGGAGCUAUUGCAUUCGGCUUGGCUACCAUGAUAUACAAUGGACUGGAAUUUGGAACGUUUUUCGAAAUUCCUUUCACUUCUCCAUGCUACAUGAUUUUGAAAGGCGUAAACCCUGUACUUCAAAUGAUCUUCACCUUCAUGCAGAUGUACUUUAUAUUCAUGAACUCGAGGUUGAAUAUCCAUAGAUUCAAGGUCAUAGCACGUUUCGGCUUGAUGCAUGUUGUAGCGACCAAUAUUUGUGUAUGGAUUCGAACACUGGUCCUGGAAUAUAUAAAGGAAGUCACUCUGUAUCAUCAAAAAGUAUUCAACGCUACCUUACCUUCUGGUUAUUCUCCCAUUGCAGAGAGUAUUCGUUUACAUACGAUGAGAAACGCCAACUCUGUUCUUGGUACGCACGUUGUCCAACCAGAUAAAGUCUUUCCAACCCUAUCAGCACUAGCCACAUCAUCAGACGCUACAACACCAACGGUGAGCUCCUACCUUUGGAACACCAUAAGAACAGCUGCAACUACCUUGCGAAGUGUGCCCACAACUCUGCCCACAACCACAACAAGAAGAUAUCUAACGACAACCACCCAAGCUGUUCCGAGAACCGUUCAUAAAUUCUUCCAAACGUUCGCACCAAUCACCACGACGACCACAACAACAACCACAACUACAACCACAACUCCCAUUCCAACAACGCUGCUGACCAAAACUACAACCAGAGCGUGGAGGGCCAUGACUACUGCUGCCACUGAGCCAACGACCACUUUACGCAACGAUUACAUGGAUUUCAUGUCGUUCCAAAAUUUGGCCAAAGUGGCUGAAGAUUCCAGAAGUUCUCUCAAUGUCUCUGAAAGGUUGGACAGUCUCUUUCCACAGGCUUUGGUGGCCUUCAACUCAACAACUAAUGCCUCUGAGAAUUCUUGUGGACGUUUGAACAUAAUGGGAACUAUUGUCAACGAUUCUGCACCUUAUCUUUUUCCAUUUAUAAUCGAGUAUUCCUUGAUUGGAGCUGCUGUUAUAUAUGUCAUGUGGAAGCAUAUCGGAAGAAAUCCAAAAUACGUCACUGAGGAAGAUCUUGAGCACAGAUUAGAGAUAAUGCUGUCUCGGAGAGCUGCAGCUUUGGCUCAUGCACAACAGCAUGGUCGUGUUGACUGCGUUGGAGCCUCAAAGGGACUAUUCUUCGGGCUUCUUCUCCUAGUAGGAUCCCUGAUCUGCCUCAUACUUUUCUUCGUAUUGAUCCACCAAGAGCGAUUCAGUCUUCUCGCCAUCUAUCUGGCAGAUGUUUCUCACUGCGCACUUAUGGCACUCAGCAUAAUUGCAAUUAUAAUUGGAUUUAUAAGGGUCCAGAGUCUGAAGUUCAAGGCGGAAGAACAGACGGAUCUGAACGAUAUUCUUCUGCGUGUAUCAGCGUUUGGACUCUUCCUCUAUGCUGUCUUCAGCAUAAUAGCUGGGCACCUGAAUGCUUUCACCAAGGAACCAAAUAUGCUAGUCAUGAUCACCGGUUGUCUGUCUGUGGUUCAGGUGGUGUUACAGUUGUUGUUUAUCGCAGAUGUGUCAAGGCGCAGGGUGCAUCUCCCAGAGCACGACCGUUCUAAGCCUGGAAGACAGGUUGUUACAUUCCUGCUCAUAUGCAACGUUACAAUGUGGAUCAUCUACACCUUUGAAAUCCAGAAAGUGGAGGCGAAUCCUGUUCAGUUGGAAUUUUACGGGUUCUUAGCUUGGGCCAUUGUGCAGCGUUUCACACUGCCCCUAUGCAUUUUCCACCGUUUUCACUCAGCCGUCACUUUAGCCGAAAUAUGGAAAACCAGCUACAAAGCCAGACUCGAGUGAAUUUCCCAAUAGAACAACUCAAAAUUCAGAAGAUCUGUUAACAUUUCUUUCGAAACGGCAGUUUCGAGGAUUUCCAAUCAUUUUCCGUCAGAAAUAGUCGACUAAUUUCAUAUGUAACAUAACGUAAGUCUGAUAUUUUUGCUCAUGGCUUUAAAAUUCGAAUAUAGAGGAGAUACAGAUUUUAUUUAUUUUUCCGUUGAAUGAUUUCUUAUAUUUUAUAUUAAAAUAUCUUUUUUAUUUAUGUAAAUAUUUUCUACUUAACAUAUCGCAAUUUGUACAUAAACGAACAGUUUUCAACAGAAAAUGUUCAGAACCUGAGAAAUGCUUCAUUGACAGAAUUUUUAUUGGAUAUAACAUAAAAUGAUCAUUAUUGAACAAGCGCACAGAAAAAUAUUGAUGUGUUUCGAAAUGUAUUAUUGUAAAUGUAAAAAGCAUGUACGUGUCCAAUAUUUUCUUUACUCUAACUGAUAAAACCCCAUUCCUUGGAAUUACUGGCAAGAAAUCCACUCACCAUUAGAAGUAGUAAAGGAGAAACUCUAUAUCCUUUGAGCAAUAUUGAAAAGUACCUGAGUGCACAAAGUCAUAAACUAUUAUGAUGAUUCAUCGAAAUUUCAAAUGGAAAAUGACAGACGCAGGCAAGACAAUCGAUAAUUUUCGUCAUAUUUCAAUUUCUCGUCAACUUCCCAUACCUUUAUGGAAGUAAGUACUCACCUGUUUACUGGCCUCGACUACGUCGCCGUAGUUGCAAAUUACCACUGCUCUAGAGGAAUGAUAACUAUCUCUAUAUCCAUGCUUGAUUAUUGUGAACACUAAUAUUCGAACCACGUUCUUAAUUCACUAGUAAAGGAAUUAAUUUCACAACAGCAAAUGACAUUUGUUAUCACAGACACUCGAUCCCACUCUCGCAUCAUAGUAUGACAAGGGAAGAAAAGUGUCUGCGGACGAAAAAUGCUUGCCUUCAAUACUAGUUGACUUCUCGUUCAGAAACAAGUACGUAAGAUGUCAUUUUUUGUUGAGGUCGACGAAACAUCAUAUUACAUCAUUAUGUGAAAGCCAGUGGUUCCAUCGAACUAUCCAAUUAAUAUUUCCACUUUUUAUAAGAUAUUCUUAGUUCAGCGCUACGAGAUAAAUAUGAUAAUGAAGUUGUAGAAUACGAAACUAUAGUUGUGUAAUUGUAAAUAACAAUAAUAAUACAGAGUAAUAUAUAUCUAUAUAGUUGAAACUAAUUUAAAUUGAAUGUGAUCUUGGAUAUAUUACUGUUACCCAACCAGAAAAAAUAAGUUUUUAUGGUUUUCCAUUCAAUCUUGUCGUCAUCUGAGAAAGUUCAUGUGGAAAAUCUGAAACCAAUUAGAUUUUAGAAUGAAACUGCCGGGUUCGUGGUCAGUUUUAUAUAACCUACGAGUAGCUGUUUAUGUGGACCAUCUAAAAACAAAAAUGAGACUCACAUGAAAGAUUGAUCUUAAAAGAAUUUUCUUGACAGAAUUUUACACUGUUUCCAUUUUCGACAUAACCAGUUCGUAUAUAGUUUGAUAUAACUUUGAAAAAAUUGUUAUAUUCUUCGUGGAAAUUUUACAAAUUGAAGAGGAACAAACACAUCAAUUAUCUUAUAUGCAUUUAAAUAACAGUUUCAUUUGGAAACAAGUAUAGAUUAAGAAAUAAAUGGGAUUUUAAUAAUAUAUACGUUUUUAUUCAUAAGAAAGGUAUAAAGUUAUAUUAUUCAUCCUCAAACUGAAAAGUAUCUAACAUAAAUUCGAUAAAUGUUGAUAAUAUUGAUACCAUAGAAAUCAAAAAUAAUAGUGUUGGAUGUCGUAGUUGAAGAUGUAUACUCGUAUAACUCUACAGGGUAUCCCAUCAACAAUUUCACUCAUAAUAUGAACUCGAGAGGGCUCACUUAUUGCUCUAUUUUCGAAAUAGGGGUGGAACAUCCUGUACACUAACAAGAAUAAUAAAUUGAUGGAUUUUUUUCAAAUAAUUGUCGUUGGAAAUGUUGUCAGAAGCUCGGAAUUGAAGAACUCAAAAAUAUCAAUCGACUCGUGAACAAUUUGCUUACUAAUCUGAAAAUGGAUGAAAAAUGCUGUUGGAAAUUCGAGAGUUGAACGAAAUUCAUCGAAAAACUAGGUUCAUUAAACAAUUCAUAUUGUGUUUUCCAUGAGAAGAAGUUUUUAAACAGAGAAAGAAAUAAAUUCAAAAGUAAUUGUUUUUGUGUUCUUCGUUCUCUUGAUAUUGAUCGGAUGAAUUGAGCUUUUUAAAAUAUAUAUAGAUAAAGUUCUGAAAUGUGUAUUGCUUCCAAGUGAAGUCUAGUUUAGAUAGGUGUGUCUUAAAGUUUGAAUACGCUCAAAUUGUCCAGUUUAGCCACGAUAAGGGUUGGCUUGAAAUGAUACCCAGCACUGCCGUUCAUCUAAAUGUUUAUAAGUAUAUUUCAAUCAUUCAUGGAUCGAUUUUUGCUUUCAGCAGCAGUUAAACCUUCCAAUUCACCUGUAAAGAUUCUACUUAUUGUACCAUUUGAGUUGAAUUAAACCAUCAAAAGUAAA